AUGCCUAGAAAUUACGUCACAAUCGUCAUGGUUCGCAAGAACGAUGCAUCUGCGUCAACAGACCAACAGAUCAUGAAGCUUGGAGAAACAUUGGCUAAAAACUGUGUCGAAAUCAACAUCACUCCCACCAAGCUCCAGCUCGUUUUAUUGAAUGGCCGUCCAGAUAAGGGAGUUAAGAACUACGCAGCCGCUCAUCUGCGCGUCCAGGUCGAGAAAAAAACCUCAUCGGGAAGUGGAAGCCCGCCGAACCGCGUUAUUAGAUGUGAAUCUGAUCGCGGGCCAUGA